AUGCGUCGUAGUGGUGAAAUAGAGGAAGAUUCCAGAGACCAUGGAGUUGAUACUACUGAUUCUGCUGGGGCAAAGGUAACUAAAGCUGGAAGUGGAAAGGUCGGUAUCUCAGCAACUACUGGAUCUUCCCAGGAGCAACUUCAAGCGCAAAAUUUUCAUAAAAAAAUAAUGCAAGCCCAAAACGGCCUUGAUUAUGCCUUGAAGAGGCGGGUUACAGCAGCUGAUUGA